CAAUCUUUAAUGUUGUUUCAUUUUUCUUUCUAUUUUGUUGUUGUAUUCAUUUCCAGAUGUUGUUCAUUUUUUUAUCAAUAUGUCGUCUUGUUUUUUAUUGGAAAUAACAUAACGUGAUAAAGAUAACAGAAUUCGGUAGAGUAUUUCACAUUGUUUUUUAAGUAUAUAUUUAGUUUCUUUAAGAAUGUUUUAGCUGGAAGGCAAUAGAGAAUCUUGAUUAUUUUGCAGAACAGUGAUUUGUUAUGUCAGUAAAUUCCUGUGAGAUGUUGUGUGUCUGAAAGAUCAGAGUUCUGGAUCAUGAUCUUCAGGUUUUUAUGUUGUUAUAUUUCGAAUUUAAUAUAUAUAUAAUUAAACCACUUUUCUCUGUUUCAAUGUUUCUUUGAUUUGUUUUAAAGUUGUUAUAUUUUAUUCUUUCUGUGUAACAUUCUGCUAUGUCUGUGUUUACACACGCUUACACCGGUGUGCCUGUUCUGACUUGACACAGAUCUCCUAUGGGCAUAAAAAAUGUCAAACACACACAAACACACACACACACACACACACACACACACACACACAUACACACCUUUUGCAUUCCAGGAGGCUUCAGGACUUUGCAGAUGUUGACUCCUAGCGUUUCACAUUUUACACCAAAAUCAGAGAAUAAAAAUAAUAAUAGAAAUAAUGUGUGUGUGUGUGUGUGUGUGUGUGUGUGUGUGUGUGUGUGUGUGUGUGUGUGUGUGUGUGUGUGUGUGUGUGUGUGUGUGUGUGUGUGUGUGUCUGAUCUGAUUUCUCUUCUUUCUUCACAGGCUCUUGCACUUCAUCGAGUGUUUUUACUGAGUGCACGAAUUCCAGCUAAAAUUGAACAAUCCUGCAGUGUUUUUGACAUUCAGAGAAUCUGUAGUGUGAAACAGAAUCAGUUAUUGUUGGAUUAUGAUAAAGGACAGAUGUCUCUACAAUUUACACGUGACCAGCAGACCGAUGAUAUUAUUGCACAAAUUGGAAGAAACAUACAGGAGAUUUGUCCAGGACUCGAUCCGAUGAGAGUGCUGAAGAAACUUGUGUUAGAGCCAACAGAGAGAAGCAUCAGUUUACAGUCCAUAUGGAAAAAUCACAGUCCUACAGAUCCAGGACCCUGCGGUGGUUUUUCUCGUAUAUACUGGUGUGUUUGUGAUCAGUUGAAUGUUCCCUAUAGAGAUGAGGUUCAGUGGGAUGUGGACACAAUCUAUCUGUCUCAGGACUCACGAGAACUCUGUCUACAGGACUUCAUGCAUCUGGACAACAGGGAUUUGGUGGCGAUCAUCGCUGCUCUGGAGUUCAGUCAGUGGUUCAUCAAACUCUCCAUUAAAGACAUCAAACUGACAGCCGAUCUGUGUGAGCAAAUAUUAAGAGUUGUGUCUCGAUCUACAAAACUAGAAGAGCUGACUCUGGAAAACACGGGACUCAAAAGUGAUUUUGCAGUUAGGUUUGCCAGUGCUUUAAGCCAGAAUCCAAACUCUUCUUUACACACAAUCAACUUUUCUAACAACUGCAUUGAAGACAAAGGUGUUGUGGUUCUGAGUUCUGUGUUGUCUAAACUCACAUCAGGACUUAAACAGAUGGACAUGUCCAAGAAUUCACUGUCACCUAAAGGUGUGAAUAUUCUGGCUCAGUGUUUUUCUUCAAACACACUCACACACCUGUACCUGUCUGGAAACACACUUAAAGGAGAUGAUAUGCCUAACCUGUGGAAUUUCUUGAGUCACCCCAACAAUCUUCACACACUUGAUUUGUCAAACAGCGAGUGCUCUCUUGACCUGGUGUGUUCAUCUCUGCUGCGUGGUUCUCUCAAACACUUGUCGGUUCUCAACAUGUCAAGAAGUGUCUUCAGUUACAAGAAAGGAAAGGAGUUCCCUUCAUCUUUCAAGCAGUUCUUCAGCAGCGCUCUUUCACUUCAGACCGUCUGCUUGUCUGGAACUAAACUCCCUCCAGAAGCGCUCAAAGCUCUGCUCUUGGGUCUGGCCUGUAACACUAACCUGCGAGAUGUUUCUCUGGACAUCAGCAGCUGUGAUUUGCGUUCAGCUGGUUCUCAGAUUCUGGAGGGUUGUAUAGCUGAGAUUCCAAACAUCAUCAGUCUGGAUAUAUCAGACAACGGCCUGGACUCAGAUCUGUCGACGCUGCUGGUGUGGCUUGGAAAAAAUCGUUCCAUUAAACACUUAUCCAUCGGCAGAAACUUCAGCAACAUCAAAACCAAAAAUCUCGGGCAGGUUCUCGUCUCUCUUCUUCACAUGAUUCAGGAUGAAGAGUCUCCGCUGAUGUCUCUCUCUCUGGCGGACUCACGACUGAAAGCGGAUCUGUCUGUAGUUCUGAACGCUGUUGGUGGUAACACCAGUCUGACCCAUCUGGACAUUAGUGGGAACAGUAUGGGUGACAUUGGGGCCAAGAUGUUGGCUAAAGCUCUUCAGAUAAACACCAAACUCAGGACUGUGAUGUGGGACAGGAACUGUGUCAGUGUUCAGGGUUUGCAGGAUGUGGCGGCUGCUCUGGAGAAAAAUUACACAAUCAGAUUUAUGCCGGUUCCCAUCAUAGAUGCGGCUCAAGCUUUAAAGAACAGCCCAGAAAAGACUGAAGAUGCUCUGUUGAAGAUGGAGCAGUAUCUGUUGAGGAAUCAUGAAAGCAGGAGAUAUAUGCAGGAACAAGCAUUCAGACUGCAGCAGGGCAUUGUCACCAGCACAACACAACAGUUGAUAUCACAGGUGUGUGUGCAGGUUCAGGAUCAGUUAAACUCUCUUUGCUUCAGUAAGAGUGACCGAGUUCAACAGGACAUAAAGACAGCAGAGAAACUCAUCAGAGAUGCCAAGAGCUCUAAAACUCUUUUGUCGAGUCUGUAUCACCUGCGCUCAGGUGGACAUGUGGCGGGCGUUUCAGAUGGCUCAGCAGGUGUGUGUGUUCAGCAGGUGCAUGAGAAACUGUGUUCAGUAGCAGGAGAGAUCAGCACUGUCAUAAACCAACAACUACAGAGUUUGUUUGUGUCAAUGUUAGACACAGCAGAGAGUGUGUGUCCACAUGUCAUGCAGAAAGUGAGUUUGCGUGAUGAUCUUUUACACGCUAACAAGGAGAAGAUGAGUGUGUCACAAACCUUCAUCACAUCCACACUGCUGGAGCAAUCGGCCAUUGACAUCAUAAACAAAAUCAGUGAGGUGAAGUUUAGCAUGGCGUCAUGUCUCUCAGAUCACAUCACUGAUGAAAUCUUACAAUCUCUGUCUGGAUCUCAACACAUACUGGCAGGGCAUUUGAGCUGUGGAGAGAAGGCUUUACUGUUUCAUCAGACCUCACAGGACACAGAAGUUGUAGAAGAGAUAGAAAAUGUGGUACAGCCACAGCAGAGUCAGGAGGCGAAGAGGAGAACAGUUUACAGUAGGAUGUUCAGACCUGUAUCUGCUGCCUUCAAUCUGGGCUUUGAUCUGAGUAAGGCAUUAGAGGAUGUGUCUGUGUAUAUGGAGGACCUUCCCCCUCCUCCUCCACCCAUGUCACCGAUCGUGUCACCGUGGCCUAUGGAGGCGGAGCUUCAGCUGCCUCAAGCUGUGUGUUUCAGUGACCUUCCCACAGUUGACACGCCCGCUUUACAACAUGUCACCAAAUACAGACCACGACGAACCAAGAAAGCCAAAACCAGUAGAGCCGCACCAGUCAGUAAAGUGUCUGUACAGGAUCCGAGCAUUGGUGUCGAUCAGCUGGAUGAAGGCGUGCCAGAGUUUUUCUUCAAAAAGGUCACAAACAUCCGAGCAAAAGCGUUUGAUCCAGAUGUCGAAAUCACAACACAAUCUCUCAUGAGUCCCAUCUUCAACAAAACCACACCCGGUAACACAACAACAACAACAACAGUUACCAUGGGGACAGCAGAGACGAGCAUCACGCCCAUCGUGACUGCCGUUGACCCUCCUAUUCCUGCCGUGGAGAUUCCGGCACCUGAGGUCAAAGGUCACGUGCAGGAUGGUGUUAAACGUGACGGUCCGUUGGUUAAGGGUCACGUGGGUGUACAGGUGAUGGGCGGUGACAUGCUGAUGGAGAUACGAGCCAAACAAGAGAAACGCAAGAAAGACAAAGCAGGUGUGUCUUCAUCUGUGGAACCUAAAGCUGAACCUCACACUGAAGCAGGAGGAAAUCAUGGACACACAACAGCAGAAGUCCAGAAAGAUCCAUCAGCAGAACUUACAGCUCGAACCAACAAACUCAAACACACAACUGAACACACACACACGCCUGUGCAGACACAUACACCUGCGCAGACUCCCACACUCACACACACACCUGUGCAGACGCCCACACACACAUCUGCGCAGACGCCCACACUUUCACACACACCUGUGCAGACGCCCACACACACAUCUGCGCAGACCCCCACACUCACACACACAUCUGCACAGACGCCCACACUCUCACACACAUCUGCGCAGACACCUACACUUUCACACACACCUGUGCAGACGCCCACACACACAUCUGCGCAGACGCCCACACUCUCACACACACCUGUGCAGACGCCCACACACACAUCUGCGCAGACGCCCACACUCUCACACACAUCUGCGCAGACACCUACACUAACAUCUGCACAGACGCCCUCACUCUCACACACACCUGCGCAGACACCCACACUUACACACAGUGUAGUCUCGACUGUGUCCUGUCUGUCUGAGGAGUCUGGCGAUGAUGUCACCCCUCCUCCUCUGGAUGACAUCACGGAUAUCUCAACAGGAGACUCCGCCCCCGCUCUGCCUCCCUCUCCCCUCUGCCAGUGGGUAUUACAGUCAGACAGUGAGUGGGCGGAGCAGAGUCCUGUCACUCAAACCCCUUUGGAUUUCCCUGCCGGUGUUGUUGUGUUUGAUACAGACUCACACAAACAAACACAGGUUGUGGUGAGGUCUGUGUCCUGCGUCCACUCCGGAAACGAUUCGGACAAAGACGCCACUGAUCGACAACGAACACAGUCUCUUCCCACAGCAGAUGGGCUGUUCAAUACUUCAGAUUCUGCUGGUGAUUCAGGAGUCAGUUCAGAGAGUCAGAACACUAACAUCUGAACAGAACAUACACACACAAUUCACAUGACAUCAUUUUUAUUUAGCACAUGAAUUAUGUUUGUUAUUAUAAAGCUGAUUUAAUUCUCAUGCAGUGUCAAACAUAUGAAUCUUGAGUCAGAAGUGAUUCAGUAUUAGAGUAGAGAUGCUUUAGAUUCACUGAUUUACUAUGAAUCCUUUAGCGAUGUUAAGUAUGAUUUAAUUUUAAAGUUUAUUUUGAUUUGUUUUGUGUAUUAACUGAUCAAUGUUAGUGGUUUCUUUGUUUGUAUUCUUAAUGAUGUCAUCUAAAUAUUUAAUUAUAAUUUGAUUAAAAUCUGGUGGUUGGA